AUGGUCAACCCGUCUUCCCCAGCUACCAAUGAUGAGAGCGCCAAAAGGAGAAAAAAGUCUGGUCCUGGAAGUAGGGGAGUUGCCAAUCUAACGCCAGAACAAUUGGCCAAGAAGAGAGCGAAUGAUCGUGAAGCCCAACGAGCCAUUCGUGAGCGGACCAAGAAUCAGAUCGAUACUCUUGAGCGUCGCAUUCAGGAGCUCACCAACCAGCAGCCAUAUCAAGAACUCCAGAGCGUCCUGCGCGCCAAGGAGGCUGUUGAGCAAGAGAAUGCCGACAUCAAGCGUCGUUUAGCUGGCAUUGUUGCCAUGCUACAGCCUAUCAUUGGACAAUCUGCUAUUGAGCAAGCUUACGUAUCACCUGCUCAGACAUAUGCGCCUCCGGUGCAACACACUACCACCCUCAGCAUUCACAACAGCCAUCAUAACAACGCACAUGCCGCUUCUACUCCUGGCAGUGCUGCGUCCCCUCCUAGUCAUGAACCUCCCAGUCAAGCCCAUUGGCACCUGCUCCAGCAGCAGCAGCAACAACAACACUCCCCUCACACAUCCACUGGCGGCACAACCAAUACUGAAACCCAGGCUGCGAGUCAAUUAACCCAACAGCGCCGUAGUCUCCAACACGGACUCGAUAUGGGCCCUGAACGACUUGGGCUGGAGUUUCUUCUCGAGCCCUCGCAGCGGGUCAAUCGUAUCCAGAACGGAGUCAAUGGUGCCCAAGACACGCCUCAGUUCCACCACGUACCAAUGAAGCACGACUGGACAGGCGUGAAUCAGGAGCGCGCCUUACAUAGUCGCUCAGCUAGUUGGGGCUCCCAAGGAAAGCCAGGCCACCAUUCACAAGAACAUCAAUGCCAGCACCAAGUCCAACCUCAUCAAAGCCUGUCAGCCGCCCACACGCCUGAAAGCACCCAUAGUCCUGGCUACAGCCCUGCUUUAAGCACAGCUGGUCGUUCAAUUCCUCCUCGCAGCGAUCCCAACACUAUCGGCUCUGCAGCUCCUAUAAAGAACUGCCCACCAACAUGUCCCCUCGACUCUUUGUUACUUGACUUUCUCAGUGAGCGCCGUCAACGUGCUGCAGAUGGUCUUCCCACUCAGGACGUCGUUGGUCCCCGUUACCCUUCUGUAUCGUCACUCCUCAAUCCUGCCAAUAGCGCAUAUAGUCACCCCCUUUCUAAAGUCUUCACCGAUAUUCUCGCUACCUUUCCCGACAUCUCGACCCUUCCUGAGCGUGUGGCGGUACUCUACAUGAUGUUUCUUGUCAUGCGCUGGCAGAUCGAACCUACCCAGGAGAAUUAUGAUCGCCUCCCAGAGUGGAUGGUACCACUUCCCUGUCAAACAAGCAUCUCACAUUCUGCUUGGCUCGAUCAUAUUCCUUUCCCCAAAAUGCGUGAACGCCUCAUUCUUGACCACAACCCCUCGUUGUAUCCUUUUGAUAACUUUUUUGUUCCGUUUACCACGACUCUUUCACUAUCUUGGCCUUACGAAGAGACGGACACGUUGCUCCAGGAUCCAGAGAGCGACGAACUUAUGAUCAAUCCUGUAUUUGAACGCCAUCUGCGGAACUUGGAUAACUGGAAGCUGGGCGAUGCUUUUGCCAAAGCGUUCCCUAACUUGGCUGGGACAUUCAACCUCAAAGAAUCCACCUCCCCGCGGCCAUCUUCGUCGGGCAGCCGAUGA